AUGGACAGCUUAGAUUAUCAAUAUGAAGUUGAAAGCCUACGUUCAAACUUGUUAACAGCGAAUAGUGUUGCAACUGAAUUAGAAGCUAAACUGAAUGAUUUACGUAUGAAAUAUGAUACAGAUUGUUGUAAAUAUGAAGAAAAGCUUCAAAUUCUAACGGAGCGAUAUGAAAGACUGAUGUCAAGUCAUCAACGAUUGAGUAAACUAAAUCAUGAAUUAGAAGAACAUCUUUUGAAUACUAUCGAGAAGUCAACAUCUGAGAUACAACAGUUAACUGAAGAAUUGGAAUCGACUAAAAAUGCUUUAAGGCACUCUCAACAAUCCUUAAAUAUUAUUACACAAGAAAGGGAUCGUUGUAAAGAAGACUGCAUUUCAGCAGUUAGAUUACUUCAGGCUAAUCCAAAUCAAUUCUUAUCAGAAUUACCACGACCUUCUUAUAGGGAUAUUGCAUGGAAUAUAUGGUUCUAUGCAUCCCCAUCAAAUGAAGAUAAACAGAUAUUAUCAAAUUUAAACAGUGGUGAUUGUUCUCAAGGUGCAAGUAGCUCAUCAAUUUCUUCACACAGAACCUCAAUUUUUUCAACAUUUUUACCAACAUUUCCACCUGUUGGUUUAUUCAAUGGUUUACAAAUGGAGAGUAAUUCAUAUAAUGUUUGUAAUAACAAUAAUCCGAAUAAUAAUAAUAAAAACAAUAACUAUGCACUAUCAGAUAAUCGAGGUGUUUUAAAAUCUUCUCUUAUCAAAUCUACAUUGUCGUCAAAAUCUAGUACAAUAGUUGAUUUAUAA